ACGGGAUUUGUGAAGGCUGGGGCAAAGACCGUCUUUGGCAGGGGUUUUCAUUCAUUACUUCGAGGUGAGGAUCCUUCGGUCUUCUUUCCCCAUCGAGCCACUCAUCUACAGAGUAGAAAAUGGCCACUCCCGAUGUACGGCUCAACCAUACAAUCUACAUUAACAACUUGAAUGAGAAAAUUAAGAAAGAUGAGUUGAAAAAGUCGCUGUACGCCAUCUUCUCACAGUUUGGACAGAUUUUGGACAUCUUGGUCGCACGAAACAUAAAGAUGAAGGGUCAGGCCUUUGUUAUUUUCAAGGAGGUUAACAGCGCUUCUAAUGCUCUGAGGUCGAUGCAGGGAUUUCCUUUCUACGACAAACCCAUGCGUAUCCAGUAUGCCAAGACGGACUCAGACAUCAUAGCUAAAAUGAAGGGGACUUAUGUGGAGCGUGACCGUAAAAAGGAGAAGAAGAAGAUCAAAGGAGCUGACACAGCCGGGGCUAAGAAGGGUGUACCGGGCGCUGCUGCACCCAUGGUUGCUGGAGUACCGGCUGCCAUGCCUGGAAUGCCUCCCAUGACCCAAGCUCCUCGUAUGAUGCACAUGCCAGGCCAGCCACCUUAUAUGCCCCCUCCUGGUAUGAUGCCUCCUCCGGGAAUGGCGCCUGGUCAGAUACCCCCUGGUGCCAUGCCUCCUGGCCAGAUGAUGCCCGGACAGAUGCCAGGACAAAUGCCCCAACAGGUUGCAGAAAAUCCUCCAAAUCACAUCCUCUUCCUCACCAACCUUCCAGAGGAGACAAACGAACUCAUGCUCUCCAUGCUCUUCAACCAGUUCCCUGGAUUCAAGGAGGUGCGUUUGGUCCCUGGUCGCCACGACAUCGCCUUUGUGGAGUUUGAGAAUGAAGUGCAGGCUGGCGCUGCACGAGACGCACUACAAGGCUUUAAGAUCACACAAACGAACGCCAUGAAGAUCUCAUUCGCCAAGAAAUAACACCUCAAAGCUGGUCUUUUUCUUACAUAAACACACACACAAAUCUUUUUAUAAAUGUACAGCAGUGGCCCAAACUGAAACAUUUUUUGAAAUUGACGAUUCCUGAUCAGUGCAGCGGUGGACAGUGUUUUUUUUGUUUGUUUGUUUGUUUCUUUCACCCUUCCUCCAGGAUCACAUGUAAGUAUACAUUUGUUGCAUCAAGUUGCUGUUUUUUAUUGUUCCACCCCGACGGAACACUUCAUGAAAUAACAUUCAGGUAAAUUUAUAGUGGAGUUCUUCAUCCUACUGAUCAGUGUCGCUGCGCAUUCCCCCUUUUUUGGAUUUAUAUUCAAAAUCACAAGCAACUUGAUGUGUCAUCUGUUUUGUUUUUUGUUUUGUCACAAAGCAUUGCACCCAGGGUCUGGUCUACCAGACAUUGUACCUGGAGCUUUUUUCUUUUUUUAAUUAAAACUUUUAUCUGA